AUGACUUUAAAAGGACGCAUGGUUCAUCCAGAUAAAAGGAAGGGCCUUUUAUAUGUUUACCAAGGAGAAGAUUCUUUAAUGCACUUUUGUUGGAAAGAUCGCACUACAGGAGAGGUGGAAGAUGAUCUCUUGAUUUUCCCUGAUGACUGUGAAUUUGUCCGUGUUAAUGAAUGUACCACAGGUCGUGUGUAUGUUCUCAAGUUCAAGUCUUUCUCAAAGAAGUAUUUCUUUUGGAUGCAGGAACCAAAAACUGAUAAAGAUGAUGAUUACUGUCGUCGUAUAAAUGAAGCUUUGAACAACCCCCCAACAUCUGGUGGACGCGGGGGCGGUGGGGGUGGAGCGCAAGAUGGAGAACUGCAAAAUCUUCUCAAUAAUAUGUCACAACAACAACUUAUGCAACUAUUUGGAGGUGUAGGUCAAAUUGGAGGCUUGUCAUCACUACUUGGGACUAUGGGCAACAACAGCAGCAGCGGCACGGGUUCAGGUGGCGGGAGUGGUAGCGCACGUGCUUCAGGUGGUAGCGGGGGCAGCUCUCGUGGAGGAAGCGCGCCACGAACAAGCGAGUCGACACCUGCGCCUGCUGCUGCUGCUGCUGCCGCCACCACCACCACCCCCACUCCCGCCACCCCUGCCACCCCUGCUACCCCUGCAGCCCCCGCACGUACCACGACCCGACGUGAAGUGCCUCCUGCUGCAACGCCACCCAACACCGCUAGUGCCACACAACCGCGCAGCGGUCAGAUCUUCCUGUCGGACCUGCAGCGCUACUUCUCGGGGCUGGGCAACGCGCCGGAGGGUGCGGAAGGUGGUGCUGGUGGUGCGGCGGGCGGGGAAGGGCCGGGGCGUGUGGAGCUGGGCGCGGCGCUGGCGGCGCCCGACGUGGUGGCGGCGGCCAGCGAGCCGCGCAACGCGCAGCGCCUCGCGCCGCACCUGCCCGAGCCCGCGCCCACCGCGCCCACAGCGCCCGCCGCGCCCACUGCCACCCAGCCCCACGACGAUGUAAGGACCACACUGCUCUCACCGCAGUUCGCGCAGGCAGCCAAUCAAUUUUCUUCUGCACUGACAUCUGGCCAAAUGGGACCAAUUAUGACUCAGUUUGGUCUCCCCCCGGAAGUAGCGUCGGCAGCAAAUACAGGUGAUAUGCAAGCAUUCUUCAAAGCUCUGGAGAGCACGUCUAAUGCUUCAGACUCGUCUAAGAGUCAAGGAGAGGAUAAAAAAAAGGAAAAAGCUAAAGAAGACAAGGAUGGUAAAAAAGAUGGUGCUUCUGGGAUGUCACUGGAUUAG